AGAAGAAGAAGGGAGUACGUGUGAUUGGUGCGUGAAAUUAUUAUUACAUUGUGUUUGUAGAUUCUGCGCUGUUUGUGUAUAUCUAAAGGAUGAAUUCGUUACCUUCGCGUAUUAAUUGUAAUGUAUUUAGUUUUAUUAUGUUUUUAUUUACACAUAAACCUCCCAUUGCAUCUCAAUUACCUACUGCGUGAUGAAUUUGACAGAUCGUUUAACGUGUCUUCUAUCUGAUGUGAACAUUUUCAACAUUGGGCCUGCUGUGAGUUUGCAACUAUUCCGUCAACAAAAAUUAUAAAACUCGUGUUUUUAGCUUUGCCUUAUGACGUUGUGCUGUGAACUUAAUUUUGUUAUUGUUUUUGUAGACAGAUUCUAAAUAGACUCAAAAUGACAAGUGAAACACCCUAUCACACUACAAUCCAAGAUACGUCAAGCUUGGAUGAAUUUGAAGUGUCCCCUUAUCCAGAAGGACAGUUUACAUUCCAUGUUCCUCCAGAAGCCCCAGUUUUCGAACCGUCAAAUGAAGAAUUCCAGGAUCCUCUAUUAUACAUAAACAAAAUUAGACCUCAUGCUGAAAGAUGUGGAAUUUGUAAAAUCAGACCUCCUUCUGAUUGGCAGCCUCCGUUUGCAGUGGAUGUUGAUCGUUUCAAAUUCGUACCUAGAGUGCAAAGACUAAAUGAACUGGAGGCCACAACCAGAAUCAAACUAAAUUUUCUCGACCAGAUAGCAAAAUUUUGGGAACUUCAAGGAUCUUCUUUGAAAAUACCUAUGGUAGAACGUCGAGCCUUGGAUUUGUUCUCUCUUCACCGUAUUGUACAAGAAGAAGGAGGAUUAGAUGCUGUUACCAAAGAAAGAAAAUGGUCUAAAAUUGUACAGAGAAUGGGUUUACCAUCAGGAAAAAGUCUGGGAACUCUUCUAAGAAAUCAUUAUGAAAGAAUACUGUACCCAUUUGAUGUCUUUCAACAGGGAAAAACUGUAGUUGAAGUGAAAAGGGAACCUGAAGAAGACCAAGAAAAUGAUGCAGAUUAUAAACCUCAUCGUAUAAUAUCUCGUCAAGCAAUUAAGCCCUGUGGACAAGGUCAGCACGAUCGUAGAGCCAAACGUCAUUGUGUUGCGGCCAGAGCUGAGAAGGAUGAUAAAAAUGAAAAAGGAGAUGGCACCGCAACAAAGGAAUUGAAACGACUCCAGUUUCUUGGUGCUGGCCCCAAAAUGGCAGGCUAUCAUGCGCGCAAGGAGGAAAAACAAAAGAGUAAAAAGGGGAAAAAGAUGGCUUUUGAAGACGAUCCGCUGGCCAAGUAUGUAUGUCACAAAUGUGCACGUGGUGAUGCAGAGGAGUUCAUGCUGCUUUGUGAUGGAUGUGACGACAGCUAUCACACUUUCUGCUUGAUGCCCCCGUUACUGGAGAUACCUAAAGGUGACUGGCGGUGUCCCAAGUGUGUGGCCGAGGAAGUAAGUAAACCGACGGAAGCCUUCGGGUUCGAACAAGCACAAAGAGAAUACACACUCCAGCAGUUUGGAGAAAUGGCUGACCAAUUUAAAUCUGACUAUUUUAAUAUGCCAGUACAUAGAGUUCCUACAAACUUAGUUGAAAAAGAAUUUUGGAGAAUAGUAUCGUCAAUAGAAGAAGAUGUAACAGUAGAAUACGGUGCAGAUUUACACACAAUGGAUCAUGGUUCAGGCUUUCCAACCAAACAGACAGUCACCAAUAAAAGUUCGAGUGACACGAAAAAGUAUGCAGAAUCCAGCUGGAACCUCAACAACUUGCCAGUACUGGAGGGCUCUGUACUUGGCCAUAUCAAUGCAGAUAUCUCAGGGAUGAAAGUGCCUUGGAUGUAUGUUGGCAUGUGCUUUGCCACCUUCUGUUGGCAUAAUGAAGACCACUGGAGCUACUCCAUUAACUACCUUCAUUGGGGAGAACCCAAAACGUGGUAUGGUGUUCCGGGAUGCAAGGCAGAAAUAUUUGAGACAGCCAUGAAGUCUGCUGCUCCAGAACUGUUCCAAUCCCAACCAGACCUCCUUCAUCAGCUGGUUACCAUUAUGAACCCUAACGUCCUAAUGGAAUCUGGAGUGCCAGUAUACCGUACAGAUCAACAUGCAGGGGAAUUUGUUAUCACAUUUCCACGUGCUUACCAUGCAGGCUUCAACCAAGGCUAUAACUUUGCUGAAGCUGUCAAUUUUGCUCCUGCGGACUGGAUGAAAAUGGGCAGAGAGUGCAUCAACCAUUAUUCAACAUUACAUAGGUUUUGUGUAUUUUCCCAUGACGAGCUGGUGUGUAAGAUGGCUGUACAGCCUGAGAAUUUAGAUCUGAGGAUUGCAGCUUCAACUUACCAUGAUAUGUUAGUUAUGGUUGAUACGGAGAAGAAACUCAGGAAGACUUUACUCGAUGCGGGAGUUGUUAAGGCAGAGAGAGAAGCAUUUGAACUUUUGCCGGAUGAUGAGAGACAAUGUGAGCACUGCAAAACCACUUGUUUCUUAUCAGCAGUGACAUGCACAUGCAGUCCGAACAUGCUGGUAUGCCCUAAACAUCUCGCCAACCUGUGUCAGUGUACCAACAACAAGAACAAGACAAUGAGGUAUCGCUACACUCUGGAUGAACUACCUGUCAUGAUUCAGAAGUUAAAGCUUAAAGCUGAAUCAUUCGACAAGUGGGUAGCCAGUGUGAAAAAUGCCUUAGAUGAAAAUGUACCAACAACACUAGAUCUGGAUGACCUGAAGGGAUUACUGGCAGAAGCAGAAGAGAAAAAGUUUCCAGAUUCUGAGCUGCUUCAGGGUCUGUCUUUGGCAAUCCAGGAAGCUGAGAAAUGUGCCAGUGUUGCUCAGCAGUUGGACAACAGUAGAAUGCGCACGAGGACGCGGUUAGCUCAUGACAACCGGUGCAAGCUGACAGUAGAGGAGUUGACCCUGUUCCAUGAGCAGAUCCAGGAGCUGGCCUGCAAGAUCAAAGAAGAGGAGCUAAUACGCAGUUUGUUGGAAAAGGUACUGGAAUUCCAGGAAGAAGCCAACAAGCUGCUUUCUCGUGAUAUUGUAGAGUCGAAGGUGCUGGAGUCUGUGAUUGAAACCGGGUUCUUUCUCAACAUUGACCUUGUGGAACUGCCCAGUUUGAAAGAGAAACUGGAGCAGAUGAAAUGGCUGGAAGAAGUAAAAUUAAUAAGAGAAGAUAACGAGCAAAUGACCAUUGAAGCAAUAAGGGAGCUGAUUGAGAGCGCUGAGUUGAUUAUUCCCUUCCCGGAGUUAGAACACAACAUGAAAGAGUUACAAGAAUUGCUUGUUAAAAUGGAACAAUGGGAAAUCAAAGCUCAGAGAUGCCUUGAGAUAAAAGAAAUGCAGGAGAUAAAGACGUGGGAAGAUUUACUCGAAGAAGCCAAUGGUAUAAAUGCUCACCUGCCAAGCAAAGCUGCCAUCAAAGAAAUUUUAAAGAAAGCCAAAGACUGGAUCUCAAAGGCUGAAUCUGCAAUCACUGUGGAAGGACAUUUUCCCUACAUGGAAGUAGUAGAGGAUCUAGUGAACCGAGGCCAACAACAGCUUGUUCGAACUGAACAGUUACCUAAACUGGAGGAAAUGCUUAACUCAGCAGUAGUUUGGAGAGAAAGGGCAUCUCGGGUCUUCCUCAGGAAGAACACACCUUACACUCUUAUGGAGACAUUGAUUCCACGACCAGAGUUGGGAUUAGCUAUGCUGAGACAAAAGAAGAAGGGCAAGGAUUCGACACUACCUUGCUGUAUUUCAGGAGUUAAGCUUCAGGGCAGUAUUGACCCUGCCAGUGUUGUUGCUGCCUUUAAGAGAGCAGAGAAAGCUGAAUUAGAAGCGAUGUUACUACUGAGAGAGGAAAAUGAACUCAAAAAAAGAGUAAACAGUCUAGAUUCAAAAUUCUGCAUUUGUCGAAAACCUUUAAAUGGAAAUAUGAAUGAAUGUGCUCUCUGCAAGGAUUGGUUUCAUGUGUCAUGUGUGCCAUUAAUGAAGGGUGUCGUCAGGACAUGCAACACAACCAUAGGGGAGAAGGCUAAGCCUAUCACUUACCUGAAUGAGACCAAAUUUCUCUGUCCGAUAUGUAUGAGGUCACGUCGGCCACGACUAGAUACCAUCUUGACUCUGCUGGUCUCCCUACAGUCCUUGCCAGUCAGAUUACCUGAAGGGGAGGCCUUACAAUGUCUCACCGAGCGUGCCAUGGGCUGGCAGGAUAAGGCUCGUAAAAUGCUAGAAUGGCCGGAAAUGCAAGGAGCGAUGGCUAGACUCACAGCUCUGUCAUUACGAGCGUCUGAAGCAGCAGCACGGCAGAAGACUGAGAAGAUUAUCAGCAGUGAGCUGAAAAAAGCUGCGUGCAAACCGGAACUGAACAAACGUGUUGCUGCAAUAUCUCCACUUAGUGGCCUUCACAGCACAAAGUUGGAAGAAGCGCCGUCAGAGGAUUCAGCUCCUAGUUCCCCCACACUGGAGGAAAGCACUGGAUCCGAUUCACAUUCCUACAGUAAUUCAGAACAUGCCUACUCGACAGUAUCAAAGAUACGAGUAAAAAAGCACCUUAGAAAAUCACCGUUGGUGCCUCGAAUGAUGGAAGAGCCACCACUGGCUCUGAGUCAGGAGGGUCUGUUGAAGUUACAGGAGUUGAUGACUGAAGGGGACCUGAUGGAAGUAUCCUUAGAGGAGACCAAUGUCAUUUGGCGCAUCUUACAAGCCACCAAACCUCAAAAUCUGCGCAGUAAAUGUCAUGAUGAUGAGGAUGAAAGCGAGACUGAUUCAGAAACCAUAAAAAGCCUAAAAGAAAGGGUUGCUAGAUCAAAACGAAUUUUCGAAGAUAUAGACAUAAGCAGUGGAAACUAUCCUUCAACAUCAAGUGGAGCCACAAGCAACACAAAGAAAUUGAAAGUUAGAAAUCCCAGAGACACAAGUAAAGACAAAAAAUUCAUACAUGAGGGUGCAAACAGGGAGCGCAAGAAGAGAACAGUUAGAGAAACUGGUCCAUCAGGUAAAAAAUCUGGCAAAAGCAAGCGAAGUCGGCAAGAUGAUGAUGAGGAGUCCUCAGACGAGGAAGAGGAUGAAUUGUGUGCUGCACCUGUGUGUAGACGACCUACAGGUCAUGAAGUGGAUUGGGUACAGUGUGACGGUGGUUGUGAGCAGUGGUUCCAUCUACACUGUGUUGGGCUUGGCAAAAAUGACAUCAGGGAAGACGAAGAUUACAUUUGUAAACAGUGCUUUCGCUCUGAUACUUUCGUUGUGGAGGAAGAAAUGGAUUUAUCUCAGAUAAAGCAAGAGCCUUGUGAAAAUCAGGAUAACAUAGAUGAGAACAUGGAGAUUUCCAGCCUGUUCUCACUUCCGGUAGGGGUCCCCGAGGACAUGCUCACUGAUCCACUGGCCCCCACAUCACCUCAACAAUAACCCCACCAGUGUAGUCAAACUUGUGAUCUAUCAGUCAUAGAAUUUAUCGGUCAAUAUUUAAAUUUUCUUUGUGUUUAUGCUUAGAGAAACACAGGUAGUAAGUACAAUUAGAAAUGUCUUUAAAUAUUAUUUUAGAGUUUACUAUUUUGAAAAUCUCAGUUUUAUUAUUUAUUUUAUUUUUUGAAUAUUCAGUACUUGAUAUGAUAUUCAAUACAUGCAUUACAGGUGAUAGAAUAAAAAAUACAUGCAAGACAUGUGAUAAAAUAAAAAAUGUGGACAUUUCCAUUAAUGACAUUGAUAACAAUACAUUGGUAUUGAAUCUUUAUUUUUAUAGCUGAAUAUUAUGAUUAUUUUUACUAUGGGUUGAUUAUCUUAUGGUAAUUACUUAAUCACUCUGGACUAUUAACACCCUUUCAGGAUAAGUCAUACAGUGUUUUGGGUAGCUGUAGUUAUUGCUAAAAUGGCAAGCCUAUCAUUUUUUAGUUGGCUUAAGAAACUACAAAAAGAUUAAUUAUAAUCCUAAAAAUAAGACAUUAAAAUAUUUAUUUGUAAUGGGAAUAAAAAUGUUUAUAUCCGAAAAAUAUUACUUAGAAAAAGUCCCACUUAAUAAAGAAAAAUAUAAAUUGUGUUGUCCAACAACUCAUUGUUAAUAUAGUAAUUUCAAAAUGAAACCGUUGCACAGGCUUAAGGGAAGGAGUAAAAAAGAAUUUAAAGUUAUUAUUAAUUAUAAUUAUUCAGAGUAAAAUAACUCUAAAACUAAGAUAAUAGUACCUGUUUUUAGUUAUAGACUGUUAUAAGAUGUGACUAGGAUUUUCUAAAUAAAAAAUUGCAAGUUUAAAUGGGUUUAUUCUUCCAAAUAUGAUAAAAUGUAGCUUUUAGAAUUAAGUAAGCAAACAAAUAUUUUUAGUUGUGAACUGCUUUAUAUGACUUAUUCUUCAAAUACUGUGAAAGUUUGUAUCUUAUACAUAAGAAAAUUAUAAUUGUUCCAAAAUUAAUUUUUUCCUUAUUAUCUAAAAAACUUUUUUAACAUUACAUUUUUGUAACAAAUCAAUAAUUCAAUUUUUUAAUGUAAAACACUAUUCCUAAUCCAGUCAAUGACGGUAAAAAAGUGUAAACUUUGUAUUUAUCCCAUACAGCACCGAUUUUUAUGAAAAUUUCGAUUUAGGUUCUACUUACCCUCUAUUUCAAAAUCUAUUAUAGUUGUUGAAUGAGUUUUUAGUACUUCCACUACAUCAUGAAACAAGAUAAUUUGUGUACUUCAGAAGUAGACAGAUACUUGGACUAUUUAGAUAUCAAAGAUACUCAAAGACUGACACAAAAGUGAAUUAUAAACAGUAAAUGAAUGAUCAUUGUAUGUAAUGUAAAUAGGUAUUUUAAUUAUCAUUUUAAUAAUAACAAUUGAAUGUAACAAACAGUUUGAUCUCAUCUCCCUAGACAACUAAUUCAUGAGCUUGUCAUAAAAUCAUCAAAAAGUGAAAAAAUGUUAGUGAAUUUUUAUUGUUUUGUUAUUAUGCUUUACAAUGAAGUAAUGCAAUUAAAACUGGGUUUCCAUGUAAAAACAUUGUGCUGUUUUGAAUAAAAAACUAUUAAAACCGAUAAAAAAAAUAGAAUAUUUGAUUUUUUCUUGCUAAAAAAUAUUGUAAAUAUAUAAUAAAAAAUUAAAUAUAAAAUUAUUUGGAGAAAGCAACAAACACUAUUGUAAAGCAACCAAAUAGAGUAAAAUGUCCUGAAAAAUCAUCUAAUUUAUCUGUAACCACACUCAUUCUAUUAGUUAGUACAUGCAUGCAUCUUUGUCAAAAUCAAUUCAAACAUUCAGUCCUAGAGAGGCUAGGUUAAUUGCUUCUUCAAUGGGUUGAUGUACUUUAAAUCUAAACAAAGCAGGUUUUUCGAGACCGAAUUUUGCAUAUUUCCUCUGAUGUCCAUCAGAUAUAACGUUGUGUUGGUCUUAAACGUCUGGGACGUAUCUUAUUCAAUUUUUAAGUUCAUUUUACAUAAAAUCCAAUAAAUUUAACAACUAUCUUUGCGCCACUAAAACAUUCUUUCCCAGAAAAUUGGGCAAAAUUUUUCCGAACAUGUGUUUAUAUAAACUUUUUCAUCAUUUUGAUGAGAGGAAACCACCUGAGAAGUUUGUUGGGUUACUCGUACGACACUUUGUAUAUAAGUGACAGUUCAAAGAAGUCUAAAAUAUAGCGACUAUGUGUAUUCAUCAAUAUACUAAUAUACAUGUAUAAUGGUUUACAUGUAUAUUGGUUUACAUGCAUACAUAUUGGUUUACAUGUAUAUUGGGUUACAUUGGUAUACAUGUUAUUGGUUUAUACAUGUAUAUAGGUUUAAGAGCUAUAAGAUUAUCUAAAUAUUUUUUCUCAGAUCUUAUUUUUAUAAAGGUUUAUUCUAAAAGGGCUCUAAAAAGGUACUUUGCUCGAAAUCACGCAAACUUUAAAUGGCCAUAUCUUACUCAUUUUUACCUUAAAAAAAUAAUGAAACACCAAAAGUUUCAGAAAAGAAGAACAUACAAUAUUGCACUCUACAAAGUUUUGCGUAUCAUUAAUAGUUUUCAUUUAUUUUGAAGAAAAGGUGAUUUUUUGCUCAAUUACGAAAAUGAUUUUCUUACUUCAAGCUCAAUUUUUUUCAAAAAUAAGUACUUUAAACUGGUCAAACAUUCAGAACGUAUUAUAAGAACAUAAAUAAAAUUCAUUGUAAAGUGGUAACAAUUUUUUUUAAUGGGGUGGAAGAGAAGUCAAAAAAUUUAAAUGAAAAAUUAUGAAUCAACAUUAUUCUCUUCAUAACUUGUUUAGUUUUAAUGCUAGUAACUAUUAUAAAAAAAAUAAAAAUAAAGUUUUUUUAAAGGCCUUUUAAAAAGAUCCUAUGAGUUUUUUCCGAAAAAUGCAUUGAUUAUCGGUUAUUGUACGCAGAAACUUUCCAUUUUGACGUUUGAAAAUACGAAUCAACUUUCAACAAGUCUUAAUUCCAUUUGUAUUGUGUCUGCAUAUAUCAUAAAUAAACAAUGUUUUUUGUUGUUUUAUCAGCUAUAAUUUUGCUCUCUACAGGUUUUUCGAUUAAAUGCAUAUUUUUCCAGUUAUUCGCAAAAAACCGUCUGAAAACCUUAAUAAGUAAAAAAAUAUUGACUUUCAUAAAAAAAUUUCAUAGAACAAAAGUUGCUUAUAAUUAGUCAAUUUUCGAUGAAAAAUUGCUUACCCCGAGAAGGGGUGGCAUCCACCACCAGGGAAAAGCAACCCCCGGUGCAGGGUAGACUUUGAAAUAGAGGACAAGUAGAACCUAAAUCCUAAUUUUUUUUUAUUGGUGCUAUAUGGGAUAAAUACACAGGAAAAUGGUCAUUGACUGAACAGUGCCUAAAAAUUAUCUGUUGUAGUGCUUAAAGAUCUCAAAAAUAUAAAAACAUUUUUUUAACUGUAUGGUUUUAGCACACACUGUGUGAUUAUCAUAUUGCUGUAUAGGCACACACAAAACUUUAGGCCAGGUCUUCAAAGGGUUAAUGUCAAUCAUAUAGUGUUUUCCAAAUCAAUAUGUUGAAUUCUUAGCCAAACUAAUCCUCAAAACCGACACUAGUGUCUCUAGUAAUGUUGAGGCACCAGUUCUUAUAACAGAGUUUAAGAGUAUAUCUGUAUGAGAAUAGUUAUUUCUUGAGUUGGAUAAGUGUAUUAGUAUUGGUAUCCCUUAUUACCAAUACUAAUACUUAAGUAAUUCCCUGCAACUUAUCUCAAUGUUUAAUAUGGAUAAAAAGCAACAUGUAUAAUUCACCCAGUGAUAAGAUGUUAAACUCACAUAAUGAUUGAGAGAAUUAGGGAAUUAUAUUUACAAAAAAAAACCAAUUUAUUGGCAACCAAACAGAAAAUGUUGUCAUUUCAAUUAACUAUACAUGAGUUUCUAUGACUUAACUAUAUAUGUUAAGUUAAAAAUAAUACUUGUUUGUUAUUUCACAUUUUCAUUAAUUCUGCCCAAGAGUCUGAAUUAUGCAUUGUAAUGUCUUGUCAACAUUGUUAUGCAAGCAAUAAACAUUUAUGUAUUGUAUUUAAUAACCGUUCUAAAUGAAAAAAAUGCAAAAUCUAUGCAAUUUUCAUAUCUGCCAAAAUGAACAGCAUGCCUUACAAAAAUGAUGUUUGUUUUACAUUAUUGUUUUGAAAUAAUAAUAAUUUUAUAUAUUGUUGGUUUCUACUCUGUACAGUAAUGCUUAUACUAAAUUACUGCACUAGAGUUAAACUAAAUUUUAACAUAUUUUUGUACUCAAUACACCAAUUUUAUUAUUUGAUAUCACUCAUAGCAAUAUUUUAGUAAAACUGUGUUACAUUUUCUUGUAACCUUCUCUAUAUGUAUAAAAUGUUUCAAGUUGUUGAAAAGCAAAUUCUACUCUCAAACUAUGAUUAAUAUUAAUAAGAAGUAGUGUUCAAAAACUGUGCGCUAUAUGUUUAGUAUUUGUUUUUAUUAAAAAUAUCUUGAUGGUUUUUAGAUGUAAAUUACACAGAUAAAGGGGAUGCUUAUAAAUAUCCCCUCGUUAUACAUGUUUUUACUUGUAAUUUAGUUUUUUAUAAUUUAUUUGUAAUAAAUUGUUUAUAGCGGUGUGCGGUACAAGAAACAUUUCAGUUUGUUACUUUAAAAUGUAAGGAUCUAUCACCAUAACAGAGAGAUGAUUUUAACUUCAGUUAUCGCAAAUCACAGUCAAAAGAAGAAAAUUAUUAAUAAUUUGUUAUGGUUUGGAUUUCUGUAUUAUUUGACCGGAAAUGUCACAGCUUUGUCCUUCGCUUUAAACUUGUACAGUGUAAAUGUACUGUAACUAGUGAGGUGUGUUUUGUAAAGAACUAAAAUGGUCCGAGGCAUUAAUAUUUAUUGACAAUUUACUUAUUUUUUGUACCGCAGAUCUCUAUUAAUUAUUAUUUGUAACAUCUUAUUUUCCAGUGUUUCUCAUCUUGCUUUUUUAAGAAUUUUUUGUUUGCUUUGUGAAUGAAAAAUGGUUAUUUGUAAUAAUUUAUUAUUUAAGUUCUUCAUUUUUUAUGUUUAAACUAUUAGUUUCUUGAUUCAGUGAGGUGAGUAUAAGAAUAUAUGAUGAUUACACUACUACUUAUUUUAGAUUUUAUUUAUAUUUUGUUAGAAAUAAUUGGUUAUUAAAGAUAAUUUGAAUCUGUUUAGGACGAUUAGUCAUUGUAUUGAUUUUUGUGAUAUCUUUAUUUUGUCAUCUUGAUGGAAAUCAAUUUAAAAUUAAUUUUAAUUAUUGUAAAAUCUUGGCGUACUUAGUGACAAUUUUGUGAACACUAUGAAGUUUAAGUGACAGUUGAAUUGGUGACUUGUGAAAUUUCAAGUAAUGGCACAAUGGCAAGUAAGUGCAUACAGUGGAGGACGUUGCUAAGUUUUAAACAUACCUCUCCCUACUGUGAGUUAGCUACAUGGAAGUGUGCACACAUUUUAAAUUAAGAUACAUCUAGAUCCCAUACAAAAGUUUUGGAUUCUUUAUAGUCGAAUAACAGUGUCAAAGAGGACAAAAUGAAGAGAUUUUUACCAAAAAAUAAAAUAUAAUUAA